UUCAUUUCCGCUCACCCGCUCGAUAUGAAAACAUUGGCACUGUCAUUAGGCUAAACAGUUGUUUACAGAGAGAUAUAUGAAGCAGUUGAAUUAGGUCAAACGCAGACGAAAUGGCAACGGGGUUGAGCACCCCCUUUGCUUCUGCUUCACCAACUGUUGCUACGAUUGGAGGGGUUACGACUAUCCUUCAGGGAAAAGGAUUACCCAGUAAAAAGUCGUCUGCCUCUGAACUUCUGGACCAAAUACGUCAAUUGGAAAUUGAAGGAAAUAAACUAAGAUCUACAAAUCUAGAAACAGGCUCUAUAUCAUCUGGAGGCACAGACUUUGGAAGUUACAGAACAGAUAUCUCUGAGACACCUGCAUUUAGCCAUACUAAACCUACCAUUGUUCCUACCUCACCUGCUACACUCUCAGCUCUGGUAGACAUCUCUGCUGAACAGAAAACUAUCUCAGACCUCAGGACUCAGCUGGAUGCCCAGAGGAAGGAGACAGACAGACUUCAGCACCACAUGUUAAAUGACUAUCCUAUGUCCAAACAUGUUCCGGUCCAGUCUUCCAUGAUUCCUAGCAGUCCAUCCAAAACUGGAUUCUCUACUCUCCCUUCAACGGAACUCUUCUCUGCAAGGAGGCCAGCUUAUGAUUAUGGACCUCCAUCCCACUUAGAGAAGGCCCUGAAGGAUUCCCAGGAACAGGUGACAGAUUUGAGACGACGACUACAGGAGGCAAAUGAACAAUCAGAAUUACAGAAAAGACAAUUCCGCAGUAACAUAGAGGAGCUGAAGGGGAAACUCCAUGAAACAGUGACCAACAGGGAGGCUGUCCUUGAUUUAAGACUGAAAGAAUCGACCAACCAGGAGGCGAUGUUAGCAAAGAUGCAGAAUCAGGUACAGCAGCUGACAGAGAAGUGUCGGGCACAGGAGGAGGCACUGAGUGAUGCAGGGAGGCAGAUGGAUGAUAACACACGGGACAAGUAUCUGUUGGACACCUCUGUCAACCAGAUCAGACAGAUCCUUGUGGAUGCUGAGAGGAAGCGUGGACGGCCAUUCUUUGAUUCUGACCCUGUGACUAAACAGGCACCCGGUAUGCUUGUCCAUACUCUGGAGCGGUGUCUACAGGAGAUGAGUGCUGACAUCACACAGAAAUCACAGAAAAUGCAUGAGCAUGAGAAGGAGAUUCUGUCCCUAAAACACAAUAUUAGCCACGACAAGGACACCCUCCUCCGAGAACAACAGGACAAAAUCUCAUCAAUGACCACUGAACAUGAAAAACAGAUGCAGUCCACGUCAGAACGGGCGAACAAUGCACGGAAACAGACUGUGACUCUACAGUCUCAGCUAGCCAUGAUGGAGGGUCAGUUUGAGCAGCAGAUGAAGAUGAAAGAUGUGAUGAUACUUGACCUAGAACAGAAAGUCCGCCAUUUAAAAGAAGAAUUCUCAGAUGAUAGGACCAAAUGGCAGCAGAAGAAGGAAGCUCUGGAUGAAUCUUUGGAGAAAACUUAUAAGGAUGUCAGUGCCAUGAGGAAGGAAAGGGAUGAUGCCAUUCGCAAUAUGUCAUCUCUGGAGGGCAAGAUUGAGGAACACCAGAACACAGCUGCCCGACUCCAGGCUGAGGUACACCUGGAAAAGCAGCGUUAUAGUCAAAUGUCUGACAAGGAGACCAUGAUGAGGACAAGACAGACCGAGCUGGAGACCAAACUGGAGGAGAAACAGAGAGAUGUCGACCGAGUGGAGAAAAUGUUGGAACUCAUCAGACAUGAGUGUAAUGCUCAGGUCAAUGAAAAGAUAUCGUAUGCUGAGCGACAGGAGAGAGACCGUCAUUUGGACCAGAUUAGCAGUCUCACGUCACAGCUCAGCAGUAUGACGGAGAAGUGCAAUAGAAACACCCUUGACCUGGAAAUGACUAAGUCAGAGUGUGUAAACCUCAAAAAACAAUUACGGGAAACUUCAGAAAAGUUCGAGUCAACAAAAAUCCAACAAGAAUCAUUAUCUGUGGAGAAAAAUCAUGUAUCAAACAUGCUGAGUGAUAAAAAGUCAGAAAUGGAGAGAGUGUCACAAGAAAAGGACUAUUAUUCUAAUCUAUUGGAGCAGAAAAAUGAGGAAUUAUCUCAAGUGAGGACUCAAAAGGAAAGAUUAGCUAUUCAGUUAGAGGAGAAAGAAAAAAAUCUAUUAAUGUUACAACAGCAAUCUACAAACUUUACUCAGUUCAUGGAGACAAAUUCUCGGGCACAUGAUAAUCUCAGGGAAGAAAAAGACAAUCUAAUGAAAAUAAUCACAGACCAAAAAUCUACAUUAGAAGAACUGAGAAGUUCACGUGAGAAUAUGGCAAAGAAGAUGAAAAUACGAGAAAAACGAAUCAAAGAGUUAGAAGAAGGAAAGAAGAAGUCAACGGAGGAGAUACAACUACGUCUGGAGGAGAUGGGGAUACUACAGCAGGAAAAGGAUACUCUUUAUAAGGAACUGAAGGAGAGUCGAUACGAGGUGGCGAACCUCACUGAGGAAAAGGAUUCUGUCAAACACAACCUGGAGCUACAGAAAUCCGACCUGGAGAAGGCCUUGGCACGGGCACAAUCCAAAUGUAAAACAAUGGAGCAGGAAUUCAGACUAGCACAUAGAACUCUCAAAUCACGGGAGUCAGCAGAUCACCAAGCUGUGAAGGUGGCAGACAAGAUGCAGAAGGAGGUUACGCUGAAGAGGAGUGAGAUUGACUCACUAAAGACCAAGGUCCGAUGGUUAGAGGACAAACUCGACUCACUCUCACGGGAACGAAACAGUCUGGAGGGUGACAAAGACAGACUGAAAAUUUCCCUCAACAAGUCCCUUACUCACAACCAGCAGGUCACUGCUGAGCUCGAGGUGUCCCAGGGCCAGGUGAUGGAGCUCCGGACACAGAUUAAUCGGCUUGAGGUUUCACUUGAAAAGUUGAAACGCUCCACUACUCAGGACCGGAAAAGUGUUCAGGUUAUGGUGACAGAAAACCCAUUGAUUGUGGCUAAAAAGGCUAACACAAAGACUGCCACUACUCAAGCCCAGCUGGAGCAAUUUGAACAGGAGCUCACUUGUCUCAAGCUUAAACACCAGCUCGACAUGCAGGAAGCAAUUCAGAAGACGACUCAGAGAAAAGGACAAGGUCAGAAAGACUUACCAUCCACAUACCCAGUAGCUGUGUACUACCCUCAGGAGGACGGUAACUUUGAUACGGUCAAGGGAGGGAAGAGUGGUCAGUUUACAGACCGACAAAUCCCCACCAGGGAUACAGAUGAUUACCGGGGAGAGCUGAAGACUCUCCUCCAUGAGAUGAGAACACUGAUAUCAGAGAAAAAGGACAGGAACAACCAUGCACGCCCGUCCAUACAUCGUCGGUACAAUUCCACCCAGCUACCAGUGCAGACAAACCUGCCUAAGGGACAUUACCGGUUGUACUCAUCCUCGGAGACAGAGGAGUACCAUUCUGAUAACGAAGUGGAUAGAACCCUCAACAGGUCAAGGUCAAAGUUUGACUACUCAGCAAUGUCCUCAAUGAAAGGAUCAAGGUCCAGAUCUCUGUCACCUGUCCAUCAGUAUCAGAGACGACACAGUUUAGACACCACUGCAGUAACUAGGUCACCACAAAGCUAUAUCUCAAGGUCACCAGAAUUCUUAAGGAAGUCCGGAUCAUCCCGACUGGGACCAUACAGUAAUGACCUGAGCCAGGAAAAUGAGUCUAUGGCUCACAAGGAUGACGAGGUCAAACCAGGCUCUACUCGACUGGUAUCUAACACCCAAGACCUUUGUAAGAGGCUAGAAGAGAGAAUAGAAUCACUGUCCAAGAUGGGCGGAUCGCUACAGAAAGAGAACAAAGAGAUGGCAGACUUGAUGAAACAGCAGGGUAAGAAGAUCCGCAAGGCGAAAGAUAACACGAAGAAGAUAAGGAAGGUGGUGAGGUGACACAGCCGAGACUAUUGAUGUGAUUACAGCUUGAUAAUCGUUUGUAUUUACCGGUUCAUUAUUGACAGGAAAGACCUGUCCACAAACCUAAUUAUGAGCAGCAUGAACGUCAAAUGAAGUGUGUUGAUUAGAUAAGCCAAAAUGUGGAUAGACAGUGAUUUUGCGCAAGGCAUAUAUUGCUGUGUUGAUGUUAAAAUGUAUUAAUACAUAGUUUUGUUUUCGUCAAAGUUGGAAAAAAACACACUCUAGAAUGACAUCAAUGAGAUUUUGAAUUGAACCUAAUCGUAAUUAUGUACACCCAUUACUAUCAUCAUGUUUGAUAUAGUGUACUGAAAUACAUAUACCUGUACAAGUACGUCAAUAAUAAACAUAACCAUCUCAGUCCGUGCUAUUCACACAUAUGCCAAACGUUCUGUUCUUUCAUUAGAAGAUGCAAGUGUAUAGGAGUUUUUGUAAGAGUUUGCUAGUUCAUACAUGUGCGACUCCCUUCAAAGUCAUCUAUGUCCCUCAUUUUAGUUGUUUAUUCUCUAGAAUUAUUCAAAUUUGUUGUUAACUUGAUUUGCAAAUAUCAUUCUACAGGAAGUUUUUUGUGCGAUACUUUAAAUAUAAUGGUCACCGAAAAUCCUCGAUAAGCUUACAAUUGAAGUUGAUAACUGCAAACAUUGGUUUGUCAUUGAAUCUUAAUGUAUUUGCAUUUAUUAGUCAGUUUCGUGUUAGUUUAUUUACAAUGGUUGUAUCAUACAAUAACUUUUCAUUAGUCUGAUUAGAAUAGACCACCAGACCACCGUGACUGUAAACAAUGUCCCUCAUUAAGGCAGUAAUCUGUUACAGCAUUAUUGAUCCUCGGUUAAGUGCAGCAUUUCGAUAAGGUCUUGAGCUUUAUGGUGAUUAAAAUCAGACUGUUGACGUAGUCAUAUGAUCGAUAUUUUCAAUAUCAUGCAUAUGUCGUUCAGCUCACUCUUUUGAAAGACUUGUGGAAUUUAUGACAUAUAUCCGUUAUUUAAUGUUCUGGGUCGUUCAAAGGUGUCUGAAAUGGCUUGUAAAUUAUGAGUCCCGUUAGCAUUUGUUAUCUGACUUAUAAUGUUAUUUGGACAAAACAGGAUAUGGCCCAUUCGCAAAUAUGAAACAGAUUGAAAUUUUGUUACA